CAGCCAGACAUCACCGCGGGUGCCGGCUCCGGUUUGGAAGGUGCCAAUGUGUGCCUGCAGGGGGCGCUGCCUAGCGGCUCGUCCUCACUAACGCGCAGGAGUCCUGAGGCACCCGCUUCCGUGGUGGCGAGUCGUCCGCCGCAGCUUCCUGCGCGUCACGUCCGGUUCCCUCCCACGCCCGUGUGCCCUGCCAGCGGGCCGCCAGGGGGUGUGUAGCCCGGGCCCUCGGCUCGGAGGCGACUCUCGUCAGUGUGAGGCCGCUCGGCCCCGAGUCGGCGGCGUCGGGAACCUGGCAGUGUCGUCCAUGGGCACGGGCGGAAGGCACUGAGUAAACUCCGGUGGCAUCCCUCAGAACUGAGUCACCAGGUCAAGUCGGAGGCCGUUGGCACCCGGCGCCCAGGUGGCGGCGGACUCGCAGGGCUGGACGCACAGGCCAAGACUUUAUCUCUGUAAUGGAUGUGAAUUGUGGGCUGGGAAGACAGAACUGGAUCAGGACUAGAGGAUGAGUUCAUGACUAUCAUGGAGAGCAUGGCAGCAGGCAGACAGGCAUGGUGCUGGAGCAGUCACUAAGAGCUUACAUGCUGAGAUAACAUCGAGGCAGAGAGAAGCUCCUUGGUGUGCACACUGCCUCACCAGAGAACAAGGACCAGUUGCCUAGAAUGUCGUGAAUUCCUGAUGAAAGCUAGUGAAAUGAUUGUCCUGGGAGAAAGAAAUGGUUGAGCAAGGCCUUUGCUUCCUCACUUUGCUGGAGACAGGCAUGUUGGGGUCCACAUUCAUGCAGACGAGGACUGCUGCCACCUCCAGCUGUGUCCCUCUGCCUGGGCAGUCACUUUGAUCCAUGUGGUCCAUCCUUGAGAUUCACUUCUCACAAGUGCCCUCAGCAUGUCAUCAGCAAAAUCCCAAGCAUUGGAGGAGACAGUACCCGGCUGCGAAGAAGAGCUGAAAGGAAAAACACUUUUCCCUUGGGGCCCCCUUUUUGGUCACCGGAGUGAGAAGAUUGUCUUUACCAAAGGUGAUGGCAGUCCAGAGGAGAGCCUGCUCACCGUCACCAUCACAGAGACUACUGUCAUUGAGUCGGACUUGGGUGUGUGGAGUUCACGGGCUCUCAUCUACCUCACGCUGUGGUUCUUCUUCAGCUUUUGUACCCUGUUUCUCAACAAGUACAUCCUGUCCCUGUUAGAGGGAGAGCCCAGCAUGUUAGGUGCUGUGCAGAUGCUGUCAACGACAUUAAUUGGAUGUGUUAAAAUAUUUGUUCCUUGCUGUUUGUAUCAACACAAAACCCGGCUCUCUUAUCCACCCAAUUUCAUCAUGACUAUGCUCUUUGUGGGCCUCAUGAGGUUUGCGACAGUGGUUUUGGGGCUGGUCAGCCUGAAGAAUGUGGCAGUAUCCUUUGCGGAGACCGUGAAGAGCUCGGCUCCCAUUUUCACAGUGAUCAUGUCUCGGAUGAUUCUGGGGGAGUACACAGGGCUGUUGGUCAACCUGUCCCUCAUCCCGGUCAUGGGAGGACUAGCGUUGUGCACCGCCACUGAAAUAAGCUUCAACAUCCUGGGGUUUUCUGCUGCAUUAUCCACCAACAUUAUGGACUGUUUGCAGAAUGUCUUUUCAAAAAAGCUUCUCAGUGGGGACAAAUACAGGUUCUCGGCCCCGGAACUGCAAUUUUAUACCAGUGCUGCUGCUGUGGCCUUGCUGAUUCCAGCAUGGACCUUCUUCAUGGAUGUCCCAGUGAUUGGCAGGGGUGGGAAGAGCUUCAGCUACAGCCAGGACCUGGUGCUGCUGCUGCUGACAGAUGGCGCCUUGUUUCACCUUCAGAGUGUCACUGCAUACGCCCUUAUGGGAAAGAUCUCCCCUGUGACUUUCAGUGUCGCCAGCACUGUGAAGCACGCCUUGUCUAUCUGGCUCAGCAUCAUCGUUUUCGGCAACAAAAUCACCAGCCUGUCUGCCGUCGGCACCAUCCUUGUCACGGUGGGUGUCUUGCUCUACAACAAGGCCAGGCAGUAUCAGCAGGAGACCAUGCAGAGUCUGGCUACAGCCACUAGCCGGGGUCCAGAGGGUGACACAGAGUCGCUGGUUCCCCAGGACUCUAGACAGCACCACUGAGCUCCUUCUGAUGCUGUGUCCCCUGGAAACCAGGCCUAGACUGUCCUCCUGCACUCUAUGCUGGAAUAGAGAGGCAGACUACGUGGUCAGGUCUCUUGCUCCUCACUUGACAUCAGGUGAGGAAUUUGGGGAUCAGCUUCUGCCUGGCAGAGCCCUGCAGGAGGAAGCAAGUGGCCUGCAGCUACCCUGGCACACUGCCCAGGCUGCAGUUGGGCCAAUGACUCGGUGGGCCAACUGUGCAUUAAGCACAGGUUCCAGUACCAACAUGAAUUGUUCUCUGCUUGAUGCCAUCCAGGAGACCUCAACUUUCUUAUGCCCACCACCACCACAGGCACUGAAGCCUCCUGGUUCCUGACACUCUGUGAAACAGAAAUCUCAGAUGCCAAUGACUCUAGCACGGAGCCACAAAACCCUGGGAAACCAGAGUGGCAGACAGAACGGAGACAAGUGUCUCCUUCCACAGAGGGACAGUGCUUGUGUGAAGGGAGAGUCUCCCCUUUGGGCCUGUGUUACACUGACCAACCCCACUCCAGGUUUGCUGUCUCAUGUUUCUGCUGCCCUUUUGGUCAUUUCUCCAACUCUGGGAAGUAGGCGACAGAUCUCUAAUUAGAACAGGUGCCCAGGAGUUCCUUUCCAUCUUGGGUAUGAUGAAUGUGAAGGAGGCUGUUCCAAAUGGCAUAGCUGACCAUCUGGCCACGGUUCCCCUUCAGGAUGGAUAGUAGCAAAGUUCAGCAGAGACUUUGAGUGUUUGCAGGUUAUGUUGCAUUUAAAGUGACCCUGCUUUUUAACAAAGCAGGUGCCUAUAAAAGUGGGGUAGGUCAGCUUCACACUUCUGGAGUGUCUGCAUGUAAGGUGAAUGAGUCUAUGUACACAGCGGCCUCUUCCCAGGGAUCAUAUGUGUCACUUCCUGAGCCACCAGGUGCCCAGAGCCUGUCCCUCCUCCCAGGGUCACUAGUGUCAGAGCUCAAGGUGUCUGAGUAGUGGAGGCUUGGGCGGCAUGAGAUGCUGAGGUUCUUCUACCUUACCAUUUUGUAGGAUCUAAUGUAUGGUGCAAUCCAUGGCCAGCCAAUCUUUAAGACUCUCUCCAUUGACCCAAACUCUGAGACUUACGAGCCUUAGCCACUGGCACUUCUUGUUCCAAGUCUCACUUCUCGUCUCUGCUGUACAUCUGCAGUGCCCAUGGUGGUUCACUGGUUUCAAAGUUGGGCUUCUUGCCUGGAAAAUAUGAAAUAGCCCCUCAAAGAGAUAGAUUGAGGUGAAAAAGAGCAAUAAUUAUGUCUAAGCUUAUUUACUUGAAAAAGUCUGCUAUGAUGAUGGAUCAAAAUGAGGCCUUUAUAUCUACAAGCCACCUGUUAAAAGACGCUGUGUUCUGGACACAGGCUAGGUGUGUUCUCCCUGUGCUGUGUAAGGUCAGCUCCACUGGGCAGGUGUUCUCUCACUUGACUUUGCCCAGGUUUCUAGUUCCUUCCUCUUUGCUUUUCCCAAAUAAAGAUCCAAUGGAGGGUA